UUACAUAUUUGAUGGCAGCGUUCGGGGAAACAGAGACAGACACAGGGCUGCAUUCAGUGUGGGAUCCCUGCAAUGAGAAAGGUAACAGCUCUAAGAAUAAUACAUCUUGUUUAUGCAUGUUUAUUUAAAAUCUGUGAGUGUCUUGUUGUUAAAGCUUUAGGAAGUGUGUCUGGUUCGAUUAAUCUUUGUCAGAGCAGUUGUACUUUACAAACUUGUUUAUUUUAAAGCAAAUAAUGCAUUAAAGUCAUACUCAGGAUUCUUCACAGGAGUAUCUCUGAUCAUGAAAGUCUACAGAGUACUAUCUGACCGGUUUUCUUGUGUCGAUAUCAAAUGAAAGCAGACAUUUUAUCCUGAACUGCCCCACCUAUUCUCUGCUACCUGUGCAUUGAAAACUGCAGAGGGAGGUCGCAGUGUCAGUUGAUGACAGUAGAAACAACCAAUCAGAGAAAUUGACAUUCAUACAGGAGCUUUUGUUGAAUGAGUAUCAUUUACACCUGGAUUAACCGGAGUCUUUGGCAUGUCUGAACCAAACUGUUCCCACUGAGCUUUAAAAAACAGCUUUUAUCCUCUGCUGCCUGAAAAUAAAAGUCAUAGUAUUAUAUCCUGGAAACCAAGCAGUUAAUAACUAACUCAAGAAUACAGUGAAAGAUGUUUUGAUUUUCAUUUCAACCUAUGUCCUUAGAUAGCUGUGUCAUGGUCUGAGAGUAGGUUUGCCCCUUUCACACAACGGCUGAUAAGAUAUUUAUAUUUUUGGAUGGACUCCUGAAAUGUCCAAGAAAUUAACUGAGGCUGUAUGUGAGAACGCAAAUGUGAAGUCUGUACUCUCUGAUUGACCUGCAACCAAAAAGACAACACAUCAUGAAAUAAACCAGACCACACUUAAAGCUGAAGGUAAAGCUAAUGAGUCAUUGGCUACAGUUAGCAUCUAACGACUUAGCCAGGAAUCCAUACAGUUACCACUAAACAUGUAAAGCUGUCUAAUGAUUAUAUUGACAAAAAUUAAAUUACCAGUUAUCAUAGUAGGCCUAUAUAUGUAUAUACUGGUAUAUACGAUCUUCUUGUAUCUCGGCUUAAAAGUGAAUGAAUGGUAACGUUAGCUGUGUUAGCUUAUGGCUAAUCAAAUCUGAUUGUUUUAGCUACAAAUAAAGACCCUCGAGAUCUUCACCAUGAGGUUUAUUUUGAGUUUCAGAUCAUGUAUGAAGCAGUGAAUGAACAACAGUUUUGUCAAAAUCUGCACAUUUGUACAACCUGCUAACUGUGAGUCAGCAUUUCACAGUGCAUUAGCAUUGGUGCUCCCCGCAUUAGAUUUGAUGUCAGGACUAUAGCUGACUUGCAUAUGAGGGGGAGUUAUCAGCACUGAUCCAUUCUAAGUCAAGAAGCUAGUUUUGACUAACCUGAGUUGCCUGUUUGUUUUUUUUUAACACUGCUAAGUUUGUCUUGCACAAUAAGCCGACUGAUAGUCAACACCAGAAAAACUAGUUUGUUGAGCAAAUACUUCUACUACUGUAGGCCAAAGACAUCAGUCAUCUGUUGUGUUUAGCCUGCGGGUAGCUGGGCUGUAGCUCUGAUAAAUGCUAACAACAAUAUCACUAUUUUGCUCUAUGACCUGGACGUAAUCAAGCUGAGAGGAAGCAUCUUGUAGCGUGGUGAGGUUUGGCUAUUUUUUAUCUAGAAUGUGGAGAUUAAAUAAUAUACAGGCAGUGUCAACUUGAUCAGAACAGUGUGUUACAGACACAGCUAGCUUAGUACUAACCUUUUUAAUAAUGAUUACCUGCAGGCACCAUUAACCCCCUGUUAACAGUGUUGAAUAAUUGUGCUCAGUUCUGUCUGUUGUCAGAGUUUCUACCAAAUUUUGCAUUUGAAUAGCCUGGACAUUUGUGGCUUUAAAACAUCCUUGAUCAUGCAUUUGUUUUGAAGAUAUUUCUCAUAUAUUGUUGUCGAAAUAACAUUAAAAUAUUCAGCAUCACAUAAAAGACCUUCACUUCCUGCAUGCUCUCUCUAAACCAAACACAUCUUGAUCUGACAAUUUUCACACAUGAACCAUGCAAAUAUUAAACAAACAUUUUCAUAGCACUGUUGUUAUCUUACAAACGGUCCAAGCCCUUUUACACACACACAUUCAUACACUGGUGGCAGUGGCUGGUAUGCAAAGUAGCAAACUGCUGAAAAGGACCUUGUCUAAUCACAGACGCACACAUUCAUACACUGAUAGCUGUGCCCUCCAGAGCAAUUUUGGGUCCAGUGCCUCACACAAGGAAACUUUGACUUGUGGCCCACAGGAGCAGGAGAUUGAACUGCCAAUUCACUGAGCAGAGGACUGCUCUAUCUUCUGAGCUCCUUCCAGCCACCUCAAGAAAAAAAACUUUCCUCUCACUCAAAUACAGCUGGGUGCUAAUUUUGUUCCAAGGAGCUUGAAUAGGGAGCUGUUUUUUUAUUUUUACAUAUUUUCAUUUCACCAGAUGUGGAAAUUCAAGAACAAGGUAACUCAUCAAGGUUUUAUUUUGAUUUCAUAUAAGAUCUUUUUUGACCACAUGAACUUUCUCUAGGAACUCUGUGCAUUACAACUUUAGGAACUUGUGUCUAAAUUUAGUUCCUGGGUUAAAAAACUAAUGUUAUCUGAUCAGUCAUAUUAUGCAUACACAUGAAUUUUGACUAUUUCUGUACAUUAUUUUUCCAUUUCAGGGAUGUUUUUGGGGGGGUUGGUCUCUUCAUGAAACAUUCCAAUUCACACAAUAAGCUGGUGUAGAAUUUACAUACAGACACCAGCUCAGGACAGAGCAGGAUAAACAGGUAGAGGCACCAAAGACAACAACACAAGAGCAAAUAUUUCCACUGCUGUGCAAGUCCCUUCAGUUCUAAAUCGGCUUGAUUUGCAUGUUUUACUCUUCAGGCCCUGAGUGAAAACACAAACAACAAUGGACCACAGGAACCAUUUAGUUCCUUAAAGAGAAGUCCUGGAACUAAAAGUUUUUGGUCAAAAAGCACCUUAAGUCAUAUUUAUUCAUAUUGAGAAAUUUCAUUUUAAUGACCUGGCAAAUCCUACACUUCACUUGUCAUUUGCUGUAAAGUAGACAUUUAUUUCAUCUUCUUGUAAGUAAGCAGAUGAUCACAUGAUUGCUGGAAAACUAUUGAGUACUAGAGUACAACAUGUGUUUUCAUUAAAGACAUUUGGCUGAAGAGAACAGUAGAGACAUCCGUCACCUGCACCAUAACACCAGUAAAAGCUAAUCCACAGUCCUGAUCACUCGUGCUCGGUUGUCAUCAUUAUAACAGGGCCUGUUUGACUGUUUUUGGCUGCCAUGUCACAGCAGAGUCAUAGUGAUUCUGGUGUUAACUGAGGACACCAUUAUCUAUCAAAAAUUCUUUUACAUCCUGGCUCAAGCUAAACCAAACAUGCCAGAGCAUGAUUCAAGCCCAGAUUCAAUUCAUAGGGUGGAGCAUAACAAAGGUUUGCUGCAUGAAAGUGUUGCGUGUACUUCCUCAUAACAGCAGAAUCGAGGAAGCUUUUGUUUCAUGAUUUUUUUCCACAUUGUAUCACAGUUCAUUAUUACAGCUCUCAAAAGAGGAAGCGGGUCGUAGCAGAGAAAUUUUGACACAAUACUCACUGGGGUAACUUGACAUCAAGUGUCCUGAACUUGGAGUUCAUCUUUGAGUUUUAUUGUUUCAGCUGGCUGGACUUGGACAUGUUUGGACCUCUUUGAGUACCUGCUACACGAUCUGACAAGGACAACCAAAAAAAGAGGAAAUCUGGCUUCAAUGUGGCAAAGUGUCCAUGCACACACAGGAAAUGUUGAGCUGGUAAGUAGAGGGUAUGCAACAUUAUAGUUGAGUCCAUUUUGCAGUGCAGUUCAGCAACACUUAGAGCAUUAAGGUUUAGUGUUUCCAUCGCUCUGUGAAAUCUCAUUAACUCACAGCUAAUGUGUCCUGGUGAGUCUCUGAGUAGGAAUCUCUGGCUCCGAGUAGGAAUCUCUGAAUAAUCAAUGACCAAAAGUGUUUUCUUUGGACUGAUGUAGCUAUAAUAAAAAAAAAAAUUCUAUUAUGUAUGGAAAAGAGCUGACUACUCUUUUGGGAAGAGAAAGAGAAACCCUAAUGGAGUCUAUCAAAUGUACUUUCCUUUGAGCCCCACACAGUUUUAUUGUCUUCCUGGUUGUUGUUUUCCUGUUUCAGUUCAUUUUAUUUUGGUCCAGUCAACACAAACAGAGGAAGAGUGUGGAGGAUGGACAAGCAAUAAAUAAAUAAAUAGAGGUUUAAGGAAAUUGAAAUUGAGGUCUGGUGCUUCUGUGCCAUGAAAAAUAGACCAGAGGCUUUUCCAACAGGAAAUAAUUUUCGACUUAUUUUCACUUUGUCACUCACUGCCUUUUCUGUGACAGAGGUCCAAAUUUUCUCCUUAUUAUAAAAGCAUUAAUAAACAUGUUAAAGUAUUAAAGGCCUUAAACUCUGAUAAAUAGCUUUAAUUUAACCAUCUUCCACAUUUGGCAGCCUUUCAAUCGCAACAGUUUUCAGCAUCAAGUCCACAUUUUAUGCUAAUUGGUUGAAAAAACAAGUUUAUGAGACUUAAAUCACAAAUUUAAAGCUCCUGGGAGUAUUUUUUUGUGACAUUAAUGAAAUAAACUAAAAUUCAUAUUAAAGCCUUUUCAUUAUAACCAAACCAAACAAAACGUCAAAACCUAAGAUCAAGAUUGAGUAUUGUUACAUCCUAAUUUUUAAUGCCUGAAACCCUUGCAGGGGGGUAGAUGUCAGCCAUGACGCUAAAAGACAGAAGCCUUCUUUUUACAAUUUUGGCAUGAAGUAUUCACACCGAAUGACACACUCGACUGUUAUAAGUCAACAUGAUAAGUUUUCUUGUCAAAAGUCACAACUCAAAAGGACUAAGAUGAGCAAAGGUUGUUUUCCCAAAGUUCCUCACAGGAGCUUUAAAGAAUAAAGUCAGACACGAGAGCGGAGUCGUAAAACUUUGAGAAUCAAGAUUUAAACUUAAGGAUGAAGUCAUACUUUAAGGCUUUGGUUAGCUGUUAUUGGUUUAUAAAUGACUAAACACUCGGUCUUUCUGGCAAAUCAGCCCCACACUGGACGUCACGCCCUGGAGUUAAACAAACGAAAAGAGGACCCAAAUACAGAACAAAAAAAAGGGGUUAUUUCAACAAAAAUUUAGUAAUAAUGUCCAACUCAAAAAUCCCAAAGGCAAAAUCAACAAAAAGGAACUGGAAAAAACCACAUGGAACAUACACUGAACUCAAUAUACUCACAUACAAUGAACCACCAAAGAAACAGAGGAGGACAAGAACUAUCUAUACACAGGGGGACAAGCAACUAGAGGCAGGUGAAGCAGACGAGACACAGGUGAAACUCAUGGGUGAUCAAUAAAGGAGGGAAAACUAGGGAAGUAAAACAUGACUAGAAACACAAGGAAUCAACUACUACAAAAUAAAACAGGAAACACUAAGAAGUGAUCUUAACAAUAACACUGAGAACGUGAGGGAAACGGGGUCAGACACAAACUGAAAACUCACAAGACAAGACUACAGGGGGACAGAAACAAUAGGGGAAAAAAUCACAAAGAAAAUAAACUCAAAUAAACAACACAAGGAGAAAACUAAAUUAACAAAACACAUCAUGACGCUGGAGUCAGUAUCAGGGAUCUUAAAGGAGUUUUUAAGAAACUGACUCUGUAGUGAAGGAGGGUCGGCCGAUAGCAGUUGUGGUAGAAAGGUUGGAGGUCCUGCUGUCCACCCAAGUGCUCUCAGGGAGGACACCUAACUCCGAAACUGCCCCCUGGUGGCUGUUCCAGUGGGGUGUGAAUUAGAAUAAUCAACACAGAUGGUCACUUCACAUAGAAGCCAGAUUUUCAUCAAAAGGGCCAAUCCCACCUAAUAUCAGAACUCAACCAAUAUACCCCUGCAUCCUUUUUAAAAAACCUAUUAGAAUUGAAGUGUUUGAUUUCUGCUUGUUAAAUCACCAAUGUUUUUUUUUCCUCUGAAGAAGUGUUCACAUUUUUAUUUCAAAGAUGGAUUUUCAUCUUUCAUUUCUCUUCUGCAGCUGCUGAGUCACCAUAAUGGCCCUCACUAAGUGGCUCUCAUGCGGUUUGAAGUCCUCCCAGACCUCGCACCAUGAUUAUCUCCAUCUCCUUCAUCCUGCUCAGCCUGGGAGUGAAAUGUCUUCUCAACUGGGUGCUGGUGUUUGUUCAGAGGAGCCACAUUUGCCAAAGCUUCCUGGGAGUUUUCAGUGUUACCCAGGCUGUCAUCGACACAGCUCUGACCCUUUUUGUCGCCGUCAUUUACCUCCAAACCCACGGAUAUGUCAUCCUCCUGGGCUUCAAGCUGACCAGGUUUCACGUGUGUUUGCUUGUUCAAAUUCUGGGGCAAGUCUACAGCAAUCUGCAUUGGCCUGUUAUAAUCUUAGCAGGCUUGGACCAUCUCUGCACUCUCACUCAGAGGUUGCAAAUUACUGUCGCCAAGGCCAGAUGGCCUGUCUGCUUAUUUGUGACCAGCCUCCUGUGGUAUCUCACGGCUUUCUAUGUCUUCCUGCUGUCUGACUUCAAUCCUGUCCUUGAGGAUGUGCCUUACAACCAAAUUCAGCAGUGUUGGGUCUUCCACACAUCUGAGAUCCUGCAGGUUAUCAUGUUGCUCCUCCUGAGUCUGGGCUCUGCAGUGCUGCAUGCUGGGUGCAGCACACGAUUAUUGAAAGACCAGAGUUCCAACCAAACUACAAAACUCUCCAGGAAAAGUGUUGUUUACAAAGCCAUUCAUAUUUUUCUGAGAACUUGGGCUUUAUUCCUGUUUGUUCUCACCGUGCUCUCCCUGCUACCUGUGGGAAUACCUGCGUACCUGGGUCUGAACGUUGCCUGGUUGAGCUUCCUCAACAGCAUGCUGAUCGCAGUCCUUUUAUGUGCAGUCUGUCCAGCCUCACAGCUCAUGCAGGGCUUGGCAGCCGUUCCUCCUGACAGCUUCUGUAAGUGGAAGUUUAAAUUUAGCUUGGCUGCAGAGGACAGGACAUGACGCCCGGCAAAUACACACAGGCCACAUGGAAGAGGAAGUGGAAAUUGAUGCCGUGACUUGACUGUCUCAGCAAUAAGUAUUUUAAAGGAAAAACUAACUUUUGUGUAUUUAUUUAAGCUUAGUGAAUCACAAAUCAGGAAACACAAAAGAUUAGUUGCUAUUAAAGGGAUAUUCCGGCGUAAAAUAGAUUUAGGGUUAAACACACCGUAACACUGAGUUAGACACCCCAUAGAGAGAUGAAUGUUUUUGACCGCUUGCUUCUCUAGUUAUACCAACUUUAGUAACGACCGCACAAUAGCAAUACACAGCAGUUUGAGGAGCCAUAAACAAACCUCAACAAAAACGCCACUCUAUAGCCACAAAUGAUGCUGAGAACAGCACCUAACUUCAUCAACAGUACAAACGGGGUCCCAGCCACCAAACAUCUUUUUAACUUUGCCUAAUUUCUUUAGCAAAGAGACUAGUGAAACUUUGUAGUGAAACCUGGGGUCAAUCCAUUACGGACCAUAGUGGGGUGUCGCAGCUCAAAGAAGAACAUUUAUGAUCAUUACUUUAUCAUUUCCUUAAAGAAAUAAACACAAUAUUAAUCAUUUUGCACUGCAGACGCGGUAGUUCUUCUGCCUUAGCGUCUCGGUCUGAUUGUAUUUCCAUGAAGAAAUGAUCAUAAAUGUUCUUCCUUGAGCUGCGUCACCCCCACUGUAGUCCGUAAUGGACUCUCCAGGAGGUCUCCGUACAAACAAGCGGCUGCUGGAAGAGAGUAGGUGAGUUGUGUUUAGUCUCUUUGCUAAAGAAAUCAGGCAAAGUUAAAAAGAUGUUUGGUGGUUAGUACUAUUACUAGGAGGUGCUGUUCUGAGCAUUAUUUGUGGCUAUAGAGUGGUGUUUUGGUUGAGAUUUGUUUAUGGUUCCUCAGACUGCUGUGUAUUGCUAUCGUGCAGUUGUUGGUAUAACUAGAGAAGCAAGUGGUCGGCAACAUUCAUCUCUCUAUGGGGUGUCUAACUCGGUGUUAUGGUGUGUUUGACCCUAAAUUAGUUUUACACCAGAAUAUCCCUUUAAGGUGUUCAGUUUGUGCCUCUGUCCUUUUAAAUUUCACAUUGAUCAGUUUGAUUUGGUUUUUGUUUUGGCAUACAUGACCAGAAUGGUUGCAUGUCUGACUGUAAUAAAAUCACUUCAUCUAAUGUUUAAUAUAAAAGAAGGACUGUCUCCCUUCAAUUCAUUAAAAUGUUUAAUUUCAAUUCCUCUAUAAUCAGUGGUGCACAGUAUUGAAGUACAUUUACUUCAAUAACGUACUUUUGUAAAGUUUUUUGAUAUUUGCACUUACAGUAACUUUGGCAUUACUUUUGGAGAAACAUUUCUUUUACUUUUUUAUAUUUGACAGACUAACCUUGUACUUUUGACUCCACUAAAUUUCUGUGAUGGCUCUUAUUAUUUACUGUUUGGCUUUAAAGUCAGCAGAUUAAGAGUCAGAUCAGUUCAUGUAGUGGUGGUAAUAGAGGCUACAACAGAAGAGGAUGAAAACUCUCCACCUGAGCCCCCAUGGUCAUAUCUUCAGCUGCUGUUUGAGGCUUUUCAAAUGAAGAAUACACAAUCUUCAUCAUCAGCUUCAGAAAGGAUGAAGAGGAGUAUUUCUAAACACUUUUAAACCAAGUUUAUUGUACGGUUUGUUUGUCUUAUUACUGUUCCGAUUAUUUAGGAGUAGGAAUUCUUAAACUCUGUUGCAAAGUGAGUCUAAUAUAUAUUAAAUAGCAGAACUUACACCCAUAUACUCAAUAUUACAAAUAUGUUUAGCCUGCAUGUAUCAUUACUGCUACCUGUUAGCAUAAACAUUGUUAUUACUAUGCAGCUGCCGUUAGCGGCCUGCUGGACAAUGUGGGCUAAUCUCAGGAUCUCAGCAUUCAUAAAAAUUUUACUUUUUUGGACCGCUAAUCUAUUCAGUAAGGCGUUCAGUUUUGGAGUGGUCGUGUCACCCUAUUUUCUUCACCACACAAAUAAAGUAAAAAUGCAUUCUUUGGCA